CUUUUGCAUAAAUAAAUAUGAUAUUGUGACAACUUGUAUAUCAAACUUAAAUAAAUGAGUUUGAUCAUUGGAAUGGAGAUGAUGAUACGUGUAGUCUACUUGACUUUUAAGUGAUCUAUAGAUAGAUAGAUUCAGAGUCACCAUUCAUCACAACACACUCUCUAAUUACUCUAACAUGGAAGGUCUGAUUAAGGGCUUGCUCGACGUAGCUCUCGGCAACGAUCACAACAAUCAGGAUGAUGAUGAUCGUCAAUCACGCGACGAACGUUCCAGAUCUUCUUGGGCGGAGGUUGUUUCCGGAGAUCAAGAUGCAUCCGAUCACCGUAAUCCUCACUCUCAAAAUCAGCGGAAAGAGGAGGAGUGGCAAUCCGAACAAGGUUCUACAAUUUCCAACAGACCUCACAACUACAAGAAAGAGGAAGCAGAACCAUGGCAAGACAGUAGUAACCGUCACAGUCCUCGGCCUCAAAAGGAACAAUAUCGUCCGCAGCAGCAGGAUUACGAAUCUGAAUCUUUCAAUACUUCCGACAGACCCAACAAGUCAGAUAACAACGAUGGAUGGCAGACUGUGGGCAAACCUUCAAGACAGACACACAAGGUUCCAAAGGAUAACUGGAACAGCUAUAAACGUCCUGCUGAUGAGCAACAAUACUCCAAUGACGUUGAAGUUGGUGCUAGGGUGGAGCCAUCACAAGAUGAACUGGCUGAUCUGUCACGAGCUUGUGAAAAACUCUGGGAUCUGGAUUUAAACCGUUUGGUACCUGGCAAGGACUAUGAAAUUGACUGUGGUGAAGGGAAAAAAGUUUACCAAAAGCAAGAUAUGGCACAGGGGAGCUUGUUUACAUGGGUUAGUGAUGAUGUAUUCAGAAAGCCCACUUAUGCUCGAUUUCUUUCGCUGUUAGAUAAUUACAACCCACAUCAAGGAUCUAAGGAGGUUGUGACAUCUGAAGAGAAACAAGAGCAAGCUUCCUUCAUAGAAGAAAUUAGUAGAACAGCACCGAUUAAAUAUCUUCACAAGUUUCUUGUAUCCAAAGGAAUCACGUCAGGGAGUUUACAAGAUUUCAAAAGAUUGUUGACCAGUUUGUGGUUUGAUCUUUAUAGCCGCUGUGGAACUUCUGGUUCCUCUUCUGCUUUUGAACAUGUUUUUGUUGGAGAAAUCAAACAAAGCAGUGAAGUUUCUGGAUUUCAUAACUGGCUGCAGUUUUACCUUGAAGAAGUGAAGGGAAAUAUUGAUUAUCAAGGCUAUAUUUUUCCCCGUCGACGAGGUUCAAUUGCUGACUCUGAAACCCAGCUUCUGACCAUUCAGUUUGAAUGGAAUGGUGUUCUGAAAUCGGUAUCAAGCACAUUGGUUGGAGUGAGCCCUGAAUUUGAAAUUGCUUUGUAUACCCUGUGUUUCUUCGUCGGUCAGGAAGAUAACCACAUUCAGAUUGGUCCAUAUGCAGUUAAUAUCAAGUGUUAUCGUUUAGGCAACCAAAUUGGAUCUGUUUUCCCUAUUGCGGAUUCAUGAAUGUUUCAUUGCCCGCAAUGAUAGUAGUGUAUCCUCGUUUAAAUUAUAUCUUACAAUCUUAUGCAUAUUUGGUAACUUAUAGCUCAUAUCUGUUAAAGGCAACAGUAUCAGAUAGAUCAACUAGUACAUGGUAAAACAAUACUGGGUGCAGUAUACAUUUGAUGCCUUUUUUAUUUUUAUCGAUGAUCGAAAAGAAAUCUCGUGGAACUAGUUGGCUUCUUGUUUUGUAAUUCAGAACCUUAAUGGAUAUGCUAUUGUGUAUUAUUGUUAAA